UUCGUUCAAAAAAAAUUCGCGUUUUUCGUGGAAAACACUUAACCGUUUUCGGAUUUCGAAAGUGCAAAAAAAAAACGUAUGCUCGCAGUUUAUUCAUUCAGCCAAGAAGAUUGGAUUGAAAGACUUCGUGUUCUACGGCACGUUCCGUUGUCGGCUAAAAGUGUCAUUAAGUGAUCUGUCCACCAUCUAAGUUUCGAGGCCCCUUUACCAUUCUUUAAACUCGAGUUCCGGUUCGUGCAUUGCCCAAUUUCGAAGCGUGCGACACGUUUAUUUUUUAUGCGGUUUCAUCGUGUAUGUUCUGCGGGGUUCUUGACUUAUACCUAAUUACCAGUGACGUCGAAGCCUUUUCAAAAAUGUGUCAGCCACGAAAUUUGUCAGUUCUUUGGUAGUUGUUAAGAGACACUCGAGUGUGACACUGCAAGUGUUGGUUGGCUUCAAAUAAUAAUCGUUCAAGUGAAACCCAAGGAUAACACAAAAAGGAUACUUGAUCUAUAGGAAUACCCAUUUUAAAGGGGGUGUCGCCACUCAAGUUUACCUGUCAUGUGGUAGUUGCUAGUAACUUCUACCCCAAUGUUCUCCUCACAACCCAUCACAAUGCACAACGAACUACAACCACAUUCGCAGUCAAUUGACUACAAGAAGGUGCGCUUAAAAGGACUACGGCAUCGAAUAUACCCUAGAUAUAUAAGCUCCAUCUACAUCCAAGUCAUAAUACUCACCACACUAAUCAGCUUGGUUGCCUCAAAUCGGCCGCCGCGUUUCACUAUCGACGGACAGUCAGAGAUCGUACUGCGCCUGAAGGAGAGUCCUGAAACGAAAGUGGGAACCCUGAUAUACACCCUAAAGGGCUUCGAUCCGGACAACGAUCCACUGACUUUUGGAAAGCGAAACUCGCAUGAUAGUGAGAUAAUCCGGAUUGAGAAUACAGGUGGGAAUGAGGCCAAGGUUUUUUUGGCCAAAGAACUAGAUCGCGAAACACAAGACGAAUAUGCCAUAGUGCUAACCCUAACCGACAGUCACUAUACGGAUCACAACUAUGUGACGCAGAGCUUUUUGCUCCUGGUCGAGGACAUUAACGACAAUGCUCCCACUUUUUUGCCCUAUCAAAACGCCAUUGAAAUACCGGAAGGCAGUGCUCCGGGAGUGGUGACCACUCUUGAGGCUACAGAUGCGGAUGAAGGUGCCUAUGGGCAGGUGGUUUACUACCUGCAAGAGCUGGACGGGGAUAAUGAUGUGUUCUCCAUCGCCACCCAUCAAGGAAAGGGAAUCUUAAGAUUGCAAAAGGAGUUGGAUUACGAAAGGAAAAGUCUGUAUCAGCUGAGAGUACUGGCCAUCGAUCGAGCAAACCAGGGGCCAGUUAAUACAGGGACUGCUGCCAUCUUGGUAAAAGUAAAGGAUCUCGAAGAUCAACCCCCAGAAUUCGUGGAAGUGCAGGCGGUGGCACGAAUUGCAGAGGAUGCUCCAGUGGGCACCAAAGUUCUGCGAGUCCGAGCCAUAGAUGGAGAUCGUGGAAUCAAUAAUCCUAUAGCCUAUGCUCUGGAGGCAAACGAUCUUUUCGACAUUAAUCCCCACACAGGAAUAGUUCACACACUAACUAAACUGGACCGCGAGGAGCAGAGUGAUCAGGUGAAUGGAGCACAUAUCCUGCGAAUUUCAGCUACGGAGUUGUCCAAAUCCAAUACCCAAAUGGCACCCACAACAGUUCGUACUGAAGUUACGGUUAUAGUAAGUGAUGUCAAUGAUGAAAUACCCACUUUUGGAGAAACAGUUUAUCGGUGUGAGGUUAACGAGAAUGCCCAGACCAAUACCCCCCUUAACUUCAUCGACGAGGAAAUACAAAAUGUGGUAUUUGAUCACGACGAGGGCAACAAUGGCACCUUCCGUUUGUUUCUGGAUCCACCCAACGAUCUUUUCGAAAUCGUACCUGAGCUGGCUGUUAAUGAGGCCAACUUUAUGCUGCGGGUGAAGAACUCAAAGUCUCUCGAUUUUGAACAAUUUACCGAGGUCAACUUUACGAUAUUCGCCCGGGAGAUCGACGAACCCAGUCGAUGGAGUUCUGCACAUGUCCAGAUCUUUGUAAGAGAUCAAAAUGACAACUUCCCUGAGUUUAGUCAAACGAUCUACAAUGCAAGUGUGUUGGAGAACAGUGAACAGGACACGGUUAUUACCCAUGUACAGGCGGUGGAUGUGGACUCGGGAGAUUAUGGAACUAUGGGUAUACGUUAUACCAAUCUCAGGGGAGGCAUUGCUCACUUACUUAAUCUUAACCCCAUUACCGGAGUAAUAACCAUUAAACAGGCGGGUGGAACAGCAUUUGAUCGUGAGAUAAUUUCCCGACACUACCUCACAGUGGAGGCCAUCGACAACGCUGGUCAGGGUAACAGGAAUACUGCACAAAUAAUCGUGGACAUCCUGGAUGUGAAUGAUAAUGCACCCACUUUUCCGCAGCGACAAUACGAGACCAAGUUGCUGGAGAACCAAGCUGAGUUCGAGACACCAUUGCAGCUGGAGGCCCGAGAUGCUGAUCUCAUUGGCACUGAGAACAGCCAGGUGACCUAUGAGAUUGUCGAGGGCAUGUACCGGUCGAACUUUACCAUAGAUCCGAUAAGUGGCCUGUUGCGUCCGUUACACCGCUUUGAUUUCGAGGAGCUAGUGGAUCGGAGUAGUCGCCGGAGUGAUGCUCAUGCAGGAGGAUCUACCAGUAUUCGGGAGAUUGAUUUGCUUGUUCGAGCUCGUGAUUCAGGCAUUCCUAUGCUCUCCACAGUGGUUCCUGUUCUAAUUUACGUGCAGGAUGUGAAUGACAAUGCACCGAUAUUCCAACGUAGUUUCUAUGCGAAAACAGUUCCUGAGGAUCUGUCAGGUGGUAGUCCGGUGCUGCAGGUCACAGCCAUAGAUCGAGAUGGAUCCUCGCCUAACAAUGUGGUGGUCUAUCGCAUACAAACUGGUGCCAGCGACAAGUUUAUCAUUAAUUCGGAAACAGGUGUUAUUUCGGUGGCACAAGGUGCCAAUCUAGACCCAGAUCUUACAGACAGCAAGCGAUCCCUGUACACCCUGUCAGUGAUUGCUCUUGAUGGAGGCUUAGGCAACUCCCAACUAAUGACCACUUGUACAGUGAACAUCAGCAUUCAGGAUGUAAAUAACAAACCUCCUGUACUAACUGAACUGCCUGGCUUAAAGAUCGUAGAGAACACACCUGUGGGAACACUAGUUUAUCGGAUCCAGGCAACGGACUUGGAUGACAAGGCCAUUCUGCGCUACAAAAUAAACGCAGAGCACUGCGAAGGCCGCACUGAGGAGGGAGCUUUGGUGAAAAGUAGCGAGUAUGACUUUUUGGGAGCCUUUGAAGUGGAUCCCAUCGAAGGAUCCCUUAAGGUAGUUAAACUGCUGGAUCGCGAAAGAGUAGAGCAUAUUAAGCUAGCCAUCACUGUAGAGGAUCUGGCAGCCGCCAAGGGCAGGCAAAUAGCAGAAGGUUUCCAAAGCAUUCAAGUGCUGGAUGAGAAUGAUAAUAAUCCAAAAUUCCGUCUGCCCUUCUACCGACAAUCAAUCACGGAAAACAGCAUCAAUGGAGCAAUGAUUGUGAAUGUGCUGGCCUCAGAUGUGGACAAGAAUAGAACAAUAACCUAUGCUCUAGAGGGGAAUCCCACCUAUCGAUCACUAAUGCAUCUGGACUCACAAACAGGAGAGAUUGUAGUGGCCAGCAAGAUUGAUCAUGAACAGCAUCAGUGGCUAAAUUUUAGUGUAAGGGCCACGGAUUCUGGAGUACCAGCUAGAUCCUCACUAGUCGAUGUGUAUAUAACAGUGCUGGACGAGAACGAUAAUAAUCCUUAUUUUGUUGGUGGCAGCAAGAACUAUACGAUUAGUGAAAAUGCAGCUCCAGGAACUAGAGUAGCCACUUUACAGGCCGGUGAUGCAGACUCUGGGGAUUUUGGGAAGAUAACCUUCCUGAUGGACCGCAUUAGUUCGCAGGGAAAAUUCACCAUAGAUGCGGACACUGGAGUGCUAACAGUGGCUGAUCGUCUAGAUAGGGAAACGAAAGAUUCGUAUAACCUGGUAAUUGAAGCCUGGGAUAACUAUCAGUUUGGUUUUCUGGCGGGGGAAAGUCGGAAUGCCUUUAAGCAAGUCUUCAUUUCCAUAUUGGACGAGAACGACAAUCCUCCAGAGGUGACUCUUCCCAGCAGUUGUGUCUUAAUUACCGAGUAUCAUGAGCUGCAUGAGCGAGUGGCUAGCAUAGUGGGCAAGGAUGCAGAUGAUCCAAGCACUCCAAACGGAAGACUGGACUUUGCCAUCACGCAGGGGAAUAAGGAUGGCAUGUUUGAGCUUCGUCAGGUAGACUCUUGGAAUGCCCAAAUCUUUGCUAGUAAGAGUCUUCGCAAUAGGUUUGGAAACUAUAGCCUUACUAUAACCACACGAGAUUUGGGUCAACCGGCAAAUAUUAUGCACAGCACUCUGGACAUUUGCGUAUCGGAUUUUAAUGAUCAUGCUCCAGUUUUUGUAAGGCCACUUCAUAACACAACAGUUCGAAUUCCGGAGAACGCUACUGUGGGCACACUGAUACUCCAGGCUUAUGCCAGUGAUGCAGAUAUGGGACAGAAUGCACUGGUUAGAUAUCGGCUUAAACCCGAUCCUUUGGGCAGUUACAAAAUGUUCGAAGUGAAUGCCAAUACAGGGGAGCUCUUUCUGAGGGAGCCACUGAACCGGGAGAAGCAAAAGAUUCAUGAGAUCCGCAUAGAAGCCUACGAUCAGGGCUUGCCCACCUCAUUAAGUUCCGACUUGGAUCUUACCAUUUAUGUGCGAAAUGUAAACGAUUACGAACCCCAAUUUAUUGUCAACGAAAUAUCGUUGAACUUUACGGAACACGCAGAUCCUGGAUCUGAAAGGAUUAAGCUACCCGACACCAUAGACAAGGAUCAAUUGGAAUUAGACGACCCUAAUGAGGCGCCCAGUCAAGUGUGCUACUUUAUAGUAAAUGGAAAUGAGGCGGGAUACUUUCGCCUAGAUCCUGAAACUCACAUAUUAACUGUUGAUCGCGAACUGGAUCGCGAGGUGGCGGCUAACUUCACCCUCUAUGUGCGUGCCACAGAAAACUGUGGCAAUGAUUCUUUAUCUGGCGGUGGAAAACGUCGUCGUAUGGGUAUCGAGAUUAACAAUAGGCUGGGAGGAUAUCUGCAUAAUCAGAAGAUAGAAUAUGACCGCUUCAAGCAUUCCCGACAACUGAGAUCGCCUGAGAGUAAUGAAUAUGGACCAGAGGAUGAAGAGAUGGCUUCUUAUGAAAACUAUGAUACUACUCAGGAGGAUCAAGCUGAAGCCUUGAAGCCAGAUAGCACUGUGGUGAAGGUCAAUGUACGAGUACUGGAUAUCAAUGAUAAUCCUCCUCGUUUCCGUUCGAAAAUCUUUACUGGCGGAAUAACGACUAAUGCGGAUUUCGGCUUGAAAUUCAUGCGUGUGGAGGCUACGGAUGCUGAUGAGGGGGUUAAUGGAAAGAUUGGAUAUUACCAAGUGGGGGAAAUUCGUCAGACUCUUUCCGAAGGACUGGAAAAUGUACGCAAAGCUCCGUUUCUUCUUGAUCAGGAAACAGGAGAGGUGCAGCUAAACUUUGACCCGCAAAAGGGUAUGAAAGGUUAUUUCGAUUUUGUUGUGUUGGCCAACGACACCUCGGGAAUGAGGGAUGUGGCUCAUGUAUUUAUAUACUUAUUAAGAGAAGACCAAAAGGUUCGGUUUGUGUUCCGCCUUCAGCCGGAUGAACUGCGAUCUCGGGUGGAGACUUUUAGAGACACCCUCGGCAAUAUCACAGAAUCGAUUGUCAACAUAGACGAGAUAAAAGUUCAUGAGAACAAGGAUGGUUCGGUGGACAAAACAAAGACGGAUUUGUACAUGCAUCUAGUCGAACGCGAAGAUAACUCUAUUUACGAGGUAAAUGAGGUGCUUAAACUCAUUGACUCUCACAUCGAAAGUCUGGACGGGCUGUUCAAGGAGCUUAAUGUGCUGGACACGCAGGCGGCGGAAGCUCAGCUGCUGACCGCAGGACCCACCCGAGGUCCUUUAUUCGUCUGGCUUGUGUUUACCAAUCUCUUUUUGGCCACAUUAUUGGUGGUUACUAUAGCACUUUGUGCCUCUCAGAGGAAUGGUUACCGCAGGCAGCUGAGAGCCGCAAAAGUCAAUAUUUUCCGUGGCCACUCUUCGAUGUCCCUGCAACACGCCCAGGAGCCAGCUACUCGAGUACCAAAUACGAACAAGCACAGUGUCCAAGGAUCAAAUCCUAUUUGGCUAAAGGGCUAUGACAACGAGUGGUUCAAAUCAGAGGAAACUGGCAGCAUUGAAGGGCACGAUUCUUUGGAUGACAACUUUCUAGCAGCGGCGACUCAGGAUAUGCACGAAACCCUCAAAGGAACUGCCAAACUAUUUAACAACAGCAACGAUCUUAACAGGCACUUCAAUUUGUAUAACCAAAUCGACAAGCUGACCAACAAUGCUCAAAUCCUGGCCAGAAAACUGGAGACCACGGAGUUAUAGCACAAACAGUCCACAUUAUUUAUUGUACCUAGCUUAGACUUAGGUUUAGAUCAGCUCGUAGGGCCCAUGUAAAUAUAUCGAAAGCUCAAAAUAUCAUUUUAAGUACAACUAUAUCGUAAGGAAAAGAAAUACGUAAAGUUAAGGAACGUGUACUAAUAAAAAUAUGAUUUUUAAAGAUUUAUACACUAUAAAUAUAUAUUAUCACUUAUGCUUAAUGCUUAAUUUUGAAAUGAGA